CGAGCCGCGACCCGAACAAACACAUACCUCCGUACUGCCCCAGACUUCCCCAUACCCACCGUACCAAACACUCAAACAUCCAGCCUGAUACACCUUGCACCGUUCGCACCUUCCACGUAUACCUACCGCUCCAUCAGUCAAUAACCGAGCCGAUCCCGAUACUCCUUGCGCUGAGCCGCCUCACACGAUCACAAUGUCCGAGCAACUCACAACGAAGCAAGUCGCCGAGCACAACACAGUCGAGAAGGGGCUGUACAUUAUUGUGGACAAGGAUGUGUACAAGCUGGAUAGCUUUGUAGACGAGCACCCUGGUGGCGCGAAGAUCUUGAAGAGAGUGGGUGGAAAGGAUGCGAGCAAGCAGUUCUGGAAGUACCACAACGAGAGCGUCCUCAAGAAGUACGGACCGAAGCUGAAGGUUGGCACAGUCAAGGAGGAGGCAAAGUUAUGA